AUGGUCGUCUGCUCACCGAGAAAAAUUGCUGCCUCGUUGGCUGCCCUUCUCCCGCUGCUUGCAAAUGCUCAAGUUCCCCGAAUCAUACCCCGGGAGAGCCCGUCCUACAAUCAUGACUUUGAGUUUCCACUUCCCAUCAUGCCCGUUAAGCAGCCAUUGACCUCCUACACAAACCCCCAAACUGGUGUACAGGUCGACUUCUAUGAAAUCAAGAUCAAGGAAUUUACCAAGAACCUCUUCCCUGAUCUUGGUGACGCCACGCUCAUAGGCUACGACGGACAAAUCCCAGGCCCGACCUUUCGUGUGCCAAAGGGGAGGGAAACGGUGGUCCGUUUUGUGAACGAGUACUACCGUGAUUCAUCUAUACAUCUGCAUGGCUCCUAUAGUCGGGCUCCGUUUGAUGGAUGGGCGGAGGACACAAUUAAGCCAGGGCAGUAUAAAGAUUACUACUACCCCAAUACACAGUCUGCCAGGACUUUAUGGUACCAUGACCACGCAAUGGGUAUCACUGCACUCAAUGCAUACUCCGGUCAAGCCGGCUUCUACAUCCUCGAAAAUGCCGCCCUCGAGGCCAGCCUCGACCUUCCACGAGGAGCCUACGACAUCCCACUCAUGCUCAACUCCAAGCCACCUAUGGCGACACCCCCGUCCGUUAAUGGCCAAAUUCUCCCCCACUUUGUCGUUGAGCCGCGGAAAUACCGACUCCGCGUGCUGAACGCCGCGGCGAGUAGGACGUUCAACCUCACACUUAAUGUGGACUCGACGAGGGCGAAUAAGAAGUUCCACGUUGUGGGGAGUGAUUCAGGGUUUAUGUCGAAGCCUGUGGAGACGGAGUCGUUGGUUGUUGCUAUGGCCGAGAGAUGGGAGAUCGUAAUCGACUUUGCAAACCUCGCGGGACAGAACCUGACGCUAAAGCAGAGCAACUGCUUCGUUGACACUAACUAUGCCGGCUACGACAAGGUUAUGCAGUUCCGUGUCGGGAACGCCGUAACCUCCGAGGUUGGCAACGGUCCGCUGCCUGGCAAGCUUGUUGACUUGGAUCUGCCGGCGCCGAAGACGCAGCUGGAUCAGAACUUUGUCUUUGGAAGGAACAGGGGGGAAUGGACGAUUAAUUCUGUUACAUUCUCAGAUGUUAAUAAUCGGAUACUGAGGAACGUACCGAGAGGAACAACAGAGAUGUGGCGGCUGCAGGGCGGCGGCGGGUGGUCGCAUCCAGUGCAUAUCCAUCUCGUCGACUUCCAAAUCCUGUUCCGACGGAAGUCGACGCAGAACAGUGCGUUUGGGCGGACAGAGGUCACGCCGUAUGAGGCGGCGGCGCUGAAAGAUGUGAUUGUGCUGGGGAACAACGAGGCGGUGACUGUAUUGGCAAAAUACGCUCCAUGGGAUGGUGUCUAUAUGUUCCAUUGCCACAACCUCGUUCAUGAAGAUCACGAUAUGAUGGGCGCCUUCAACGUCACCGCCCUCUCCGACUUCAACUACCCCGAAACCACCCGCUUCAUCGACCCCAUGGAACCCCGUUUCCGUGCAAAACCCUACAAAGGCUUCACCGUCGCCGAGGCCAACAGUGCACUAAAGUUCUUUUCAAGCCUGAAUGCAUACACAGACGCAGACGGGAUCGAAAGCGCACUCGACCAGUAUUGGGCCAACAAGGCGUCAGCUCCGUAA